AUGGAGGAUAAUAGUCUAACAGGCCACAAACCAUACAAAAAAGACGGAAAAACGAUUCUUCUUCCAAAAACAGAUCAAACUCGAAAACUUAUAACUCGAAUAUUGACGAAACUAAAAAAAAGAAAAAAACCUCCUUCGGCAUUUAAUUCUUAUGUUUCUGAGCCUGACAGUUCGUUUAAUGCUGAGGAAUCAUGUGAUUUAUUGAAUCAAUUAAAAGACGUUUUAUUAGUUUGUGAAUUACAAGGAAUAAAUUUUGCUCAUAGGUCUCCAUAUGCAUCACGAGAUCCAUCACCAAGUCGUUCAAAUUCACCAUAUCCUUCGAAUAAAAAAAAAAGUCCUGGAAUUCUCGAAAUUAUUUUGGAGAUUUUAAAUGAUAUGGUUCAAAAUGACUGUCGAUAUAAAGUUACAAAUCCAAGACUUAUUCGACCACCCAAUGCUUUACAAGCAAUUAUACUGGACGUUGCUCAUCUUUUGAUCAAUCAAAAUCCACAUUCAUCCAGUUGGUUAUAUGAACUGGGUAUGGCAUUGAUCCCUGGAUUCAACUGCUUCAGUGAUCCUUUACGUUCGAGAUUGUUGAAAUUUUAUAGCGAUUUUUUGAUUCCCCAAUUAAUAUCAUUACAAACUGGUCACAUUAAUGCUGCCGUGUCAAGCCUUAUAUCUAAAAAUAAUGCUAAUUCCACUGUCAAUUAUUUGACUGAGAAAGAGAACUCUUCACAUAUAAACAUCACUAUAAACGAUGAACAUGUACCAAUUGAGGUUGAUCAAUCAAAUCUUAGAAAAAAUUCAUCAAAUACAAAUUUGGAUUUUUCCGAUAAUGAUCACAGCGUGAAACAUAGGCGGCCCGCUAGGAGACUGUCUAUUUCAUAUUCUGGUGAUUUACUUGUAGACGCUUAUUAUACUGAUUCAAUUUUUGCACCACUCUUGUUUUCGAUCUUUCAAUUCAUUACUAUUGAAGAGUCUUCUUUAGAAACAUUAUAUCAAAUGCAUCGUACUUUUGGAUUAAUGAUUUAUCAUAAACCAGGUUUAUAUUAUGACAUAUUGGAAAUAAUAGCUUAUGGCGAUGCUACAAGUCGUAGUCUUGCUUUGAAUAUUUUAUUUUAUUUUUGGAAUAAUAGUAUUGGACAUCCUUCUGUUGGUGAGGUUCUACCAAGUAUUGGGUAUAAGGGAGAUUUAAAUACAAAAGAAAAUUCCUCAAGUAAAGGUAUUAUUCCAAGAAAAACAAGCAUAAAUCAAAAGAAACCUUCAGCUAAUGUUGAAGAUAUUCAUCUUCAUCAACUCUAUCCGCAUAUAUUUCUUAAUGAUUUGAAUAUGUACGCCGGAAAAGAUGAUAGGCAUACUUCGUUAGCUGAACAAUCUACAUAUCAUCCUAACACAUGUGUACAAUGUUCAAAACCAGUAUUUGAAUUUGGUUUACGUUGUUGGGGUUGUAAGUUAAAUAUUCAUUUUAGAUGUUAUAAUUCGCCUCAUGGUGGAUUUCAGGCAGAAUAUCCUUUAAAUUCCGGAGUUCAUAAAUUAGCCACUCCCAGAUAUUGCGAUAUCAUUCAUAGUAAAAGAGAAUGCGUCUUUAAAGGAUGCUUUCAAGGCGAUAAUUCUGAUUCUCCAAUUAUCUCUGAAAAUAUUGCCGAACAUAAAUUUCAUCUUGUCAACCUUUUUACCUUAGCAUUGUGUAUAGUUUGCCACUUACCCUUAUGGGGUGUGAUGCACCAAGGAUAUAGAUGCCAAUUAUGUAAUCGAUUUAUUCAUUCAGGUUGUUUGAACUCUAAACAUUUAGAAACAAAAGCUCGUUGUAAAGUGUCUGCUAUGAGUGAAAGCGAUGUGGCUAUUGAGUAUGAAGACUUACGUCAAGAUUUUUGUAAAUAUUUUGACCUUACAUUAAUUCCGGAAAACUCUAUAUCACUACAUACUUACGAAGAGUUGUCUAUGAUGUUAACAAUUCUGCAAAUACAAGAUAAUAUUAUGCAGAAUGGUAUAUUAGCCGGUUGCCUUGUUAUAAAAAAACAAAACCAUGAUCCCCUAGCUUCAACUUCAGAAGAUUUUGAAAGAUUUGAGCUUCAAGAAACAAUUGAUCUAUACAAAUCGUACUUGGAUGAUAGCAAAUUAUCCCUAUGUUCAUUAUCGGUUGAAUAUUGGAACGCUAUUAAAAAGAAUUAUCAUCCAUGGAUGAUGUUAUGUGAAGAUUACCUUGCUCAUAUAGCAUCGGUAAUUAAGUCAUCAAAUCAUUUUGAACCUUCAGAACAAGAUUAUUUUGAUAAACAUUUAAGUGUAUAUAGUGCAGAAGCAAAUAUUACACCAUCGCAAGGUACUUCAAAUAAUUCAGAUAGAAUCUUAGCUUCACAUGAAUUAAUUAAAUGGAUUCAAGAAAAUAUGAAAUUCCGUAGUAGUUUUUCAACAAAAGUAAUUUUACAACAACUUGUUAAUGUUGGAUUUCUUGAAAGGAUUGAUGGACAUCCAAUAUUGUUUGAUGAAGAUGAUCCCGAAAAGAAUAUAGUCGAAUGUUCAAUUCCUCUGCCAUUUGCGACAGAAUGCUCUUCAACAGUCGAAACUCUUUUAACAGCGAUUUCUUCAUGCCUAUCUGAUGUAAAUAUAUCGAUUAAUGAGUGUGGAUUUCUUUUCAUGUUAAGACGCUGUUGGCCUGGUCCUUUUAUGUCCAAAUAUGUUCUGGAGCGGUUGGUUUAUUCGAUUAUUGAAUGGAUGAAUGACGAAGAUGAGAGGCUAUUAAUAAUUGGGAAGGAAUACACCGCUGCACGAAGGUUACCGGGAGUUCGUGAUGAAAUGGAAGAUAAUCAACAGCAAAAGGGAUACUUUCCAAAUUCUGCUGGUGGCGGUGCUUACGUGAUAAGUCGUAAGAUGUUAAAAGAAAAAUACAUUUUGCAAUGGUUAUCUGCAGUUCAUGAAUUGAACGAAGAAUUAUUUUGUGAUAUCGUUUAUGACCAGAUAAAAAUGGUUUAUGAAAAUCAAAAUCAACAGGAACAUAUUGAUACAAACGAUGACGAUUUUCAGUUUCAUGACCGUAUGCUCAAAUGUAUAAUUAGACUAUGGAACGAAGGCCUACUUUUUACUUCAUUCAAUGAAAUACUUUCCAAAUGGUUAGAUGAAGUUUACCAGCUAAUGAAAGAUCAACCGCAAAAAUUCGUAGAAUUUCGAACUUUGAGUAAAGUUUUUGGUCUGGUAAAACCCACUCCUCAACGAAAGAAUCACGUGGAUCAAAUAACUGUAGCCUCCGAGAGUAACAAUAUUAAUGUUAGUAUUGACCCUAUAGACACAAUUACUAAAUUAUUCAAAAACAAUGAUGUCCAACUAUCAAGAGCCUUGCGAUGGAUGGAGUUGAUGGUGCGUGCUGGAGUUGGUCUUCCCGGCACAGUGUUUUCAGAUUACCUUUCACUAUUAGUAAAUAUUUCGCCAACACUUGAUCAGUACACAACUUUCUUGCAAAUUAUUUGGUACCAGGUUACGAUUGGCCUAGGAAAUAUUAUUCAGCGUGGUACUAUUCUUAAAAUUCUAUUCAGUAUCAAUGAAACAACUUUUGACAUGAUAAAAAAAAUCAGCAAAAAUGGCAAUGAAACAGGAAUUGCAAGUGCUAAAUCUUUUGUUAAAACUGUACUUGUUUUGACUUUAUAUUCUUACAACUGUCCGCUUGAAAGCAUUUACAAUUUGAAUAUAGUAGAUCAACUACAACAUAAACCUCUAUCUGCAAGUAUUCUAAAAAGAAAAUCAAAUAUUAUGGAUCCAACACCGGGUUCCAAAGUCACAGCAGACACUCCUUUAAUACAAAUGCUUUUAAAUUAUGCAAGGAUGGAAAAAUUAGAAGUUCGUAGUGAUGUUGUAAAAACAUUUUGGAGACUUUUUACAUCUGCUAGUCUUAUUUUUAAUAAGGAUGAAUUUAUUAUUAGCAGCAUACCAAUGUUGUUACCAAGUGUUUGGGAAGCAUUGGCCCCUAUAUAUGAUGGAUCAUCUGAUGUGACUUUGCAAUUAUUGAUAAGAAUUGUUUGGACGGACCCUCGUUUAUUUCUUACUUCAGUUAGUGAAGUGUUUGAACAUCCAAACUGGGAAGUUAGAUUUGACGGUCUUGACAAUUUAUUCGGACUGUUUUCUAAGCUUGAUGAAAAGUUUGAGGUUUCCAGGGCUGGUGUAUUUGCUUAUUUGGGCCCUAUAUUCAGUUAUUUUGUUGGUUGUAUCUGGGAUCAAGAGGAAUAUGUUAGAACAAAGGCUAUAACUUAUAUUAGAGCUAUGCAACCACAACAUAUUUGUUUAGCUAUUAAAUGUUGGGAUGCAUAUUUUAAAACAGCUUCUAACAGAGAGAAAACUUUUUUAUGCAGAUUAAUGAUAAAAUUGAAUGCCAAAUUUCCCGAUUGGAAAGUUAUCGAGUGGGACACAUUAUUAAGCUUCUUGUCUCAAGAAAAUAUUGAGGCAGAAGAAGUGUCUACAACAGAUAUAUUGGAAAGUUAUAUUAGACCGGAUAGUAUAUUGGUGGUUGGAUUGAAACGAACUAAAGAAGAUCCUGGCUCAACUCCAGGACAAAGAGCUGCUGAAGAACAAAAUUUAAGGAUUGUAAUGUUGACUUUAGCUCUUCAAAUGCUAGCUAAUGGUAUUGAAAUGACGCAUGACCAAAUAACUACGUUAAAUUAUUUGAUAGUAUCAAGCCUAGGAUUUAAAAAUUGUAUACUAGAUACAGUUGAUGGAGUUCUAAGUGUACAUCAUGGAGAAUUUGAAUAUAUGCCCGAAAAUUUUUCUCAAAAUAUGAAAAUGGUAUCAAUUCUCGGAAAUCUUAAAAGAGUACUUGACACACCAAUAUAUCUUAAAUCACAAAACGAUGACGAUAUGGUUGUUAUUGAAGAUGAAUUAGCCGGUUCAUAUUUCAUUGAUACUGUAUUGGCAAUGGUUAACUCUUCUGUUGAUAUGUCUAGUUUGAGCCAUCUUAUGUUGAAAACUUGGAUCGAACUAUUGCUUAUUAUUGUUUAUAAGCAUAAAAUAGUUCAGGACAAAGAAGACAAAGAACAACUCAAAGAACGAGAAGAGAACGUAGUCAAUGCUAUAAAAAAAACAUUUGAACUAAUACCAAAAGAUAUAACAGAAGAGAAUAAACAAUUAAUAAUCGAACUAUCUACAUCAUUGUUAAAACGAGCGCAUAUGCUAACAGUUACUAUACUUGGUACGCAAAUUAUUACGAUAGGGAAACUUUUAACAAAACACAGAAAUGAUACCAAUAGCACGUUAGUUAUGAGUGCAAGAACGUUCUUAAGAACGGCAUUUCUCACAUUCGCGAGACAUGGACUGUUUGUUUUGAUUUUUAAGGAUCAAGCAGUUGCAAGUGAUGACACUGAAGAACUUGACAUGUUUAAGGUUCUUCAAGAUGUAAUUCGAGAUGAGCAAAUUACAUCUGAAGAAGCGUCGGGACCUAUUUACUUGCGAGAUGAACCUAUUCGUGACGUUUUUCACCAACUAUUCAAGUUUACGAAUAAAUUGGCUGUUUCAUCUGUUCUCCGUAGUUUGAAUAAAUAUGUGGAAUUGGUGCACUCUAAGUCAUUUGAUGAUAACUUAGUUAAUGAUUUGGGAGCGUUCUUAACAAAGUUAUCUAAACAUACAAGUGAAUGGAAAGCAACCGAUUGGGAUGUAAAUCCUGUACUUAAUAUUAUCUCUAUUAUGCUUAAACACAACCCUAGUUCUAUAAAAGAUAUAAUGCCAUCUAUUAAAGGUUUUUUGAAAUAUGCAAUCAAUAAAUGUGCUGUAACUAUAGAAUCAUUUAUAAAACUAAUGGCCUCCUACAAGGCGGUAGUCGAAAUCAUUUCUCCUGAUGAUGUUAAGACUAAUGCCUUUGGAGAAGUCAUCCUUGAAGAACUUAAAACCGCCCUUCGUGGGGCUAGAAUAAGAAUGAGUAAAGAUACUUUGAUAAUUUUGUUGCAGCUUAUAUUAUGGGACAUGCAGCCUUCAAAACAUAUAAUGUUUCAGGAAAUCGAACAGAGGUUUGGUGAUUCAAAAGUCACUCAUUCUUAUUUUUCAAAUGUUUCAGACAAUCUGUUCGAAGAUUGUGUAAACUUUUUGGAAAGCCCUCCUGCGACAAGACAAUAUUCAGAAGAAGAUUUUAAAGUUAGAGUGUAUAUAAGUCAAUUGGUAGUUUCCAUGUGUAAUCAAAAAGAUGAUUUGCUCGCAAAAAUAUCAGAUAGAGGGCACAUCUUCGAAGAUAUUGCCCAUCAGUUAUUACAGAAGCGAGGAGCGUUAAAAUGA